GAUUUAGCUGUCCCUCGAUGCAUUAUUUUCUCGGCACUCCUCUUCUCGCUCACACACGCAUCUCCAAAAUCCCUAGAAAAAACCCACCACGCUGCUGCCCCUUUCUCUCUCCUCCCCAUACGCACACACGGUCUCUCUUCUCUUUCUCUCUCUCUCCUGCUUCUUCCCCUCGCACACUUGUCCGCACUUUCUCUCUCUAACGCUCCCCAGAUCUCGAAAGCCCAGACGAACCCUCUGGAGCACCUGCAUUUGCCAUUGCUGCAGUCUAGAGAGAGAGAGAUAGAGAGAGAGAGAAAGAAAGAGAAAGAACACAAAGUGGCAUUUUUUGGAUUCUCAGAUGCCUCACGUGAGAUGAAGAAGAAGACCCAUCUCUUCCUCGUCUCCUCCUCCCUCCUCCUCCUCCUCCUCCUCUGCGUCUCCUCCUCCGCCUCGGAGCACCUCCCCCUGAGCUCCCAUGGCGUCCUCACCGACGCCGAAGCCACGUACAUCAAGCAGCGCCAGCUGCUCUACUACAGGGACGAGUUCGGCGACCGGGGCGAGCACGUCACCGUCGACCCCUCCCUCUCCUUCGAGAACCCCCGGAUCCGGAGCGCCUACAUAGCCCUCCAGGCGUGGAAGCAGGCCAUUCUGUCCGACCCCAACAACUACACCGCCAACUGGGUCGGAUCUGACGUGUGUAACUACACGAGCGUCUUCUGCGCCCCCGCCCCCGACGACCACAAGAUCCGCACCGUCGCCGGCAUCGACCUCAACCACGGCGACAUCGCCGGCUACCUCCCGGAGGAGCUCGGCCUCCUCGCCGACCUCGCAUUGUUCCACAUCAACUCCAACCGCUUCUGCGGCACGGUCCCCCACAAGUUCGACCGCCUGAAGCUGCUCUUCGAGUUGGAUCUGAGCAACAACCGCUUCGCCGGCAAGUUCCCCGCGGUGGUCCUGCAGCUGCCGUCGCUCAAGUUCCUGGAUCUGAGGUUCAACGAGUUCGAAGGGACCGUCCCCAAGGAGCUCUUCGACAAGGACUUGGACGCCAUCUUCAUCAACGACAACCGCUUCCGCUUCGAAUUGCCGGACAAUUUUGGGAACUCGCCCGUCUCCGUCAUCGUCCUCGCUAACAACAAGUUCCACGGCUGUGUCCCCUCGAGCUUGGUCAACAUGGCCAACCUCAACGAGAUCAUUUUCAUGAACAACGGGUUGAGGUCGUGCCUGCCGACGGAGAUCGACAGGCUCAAGAACGUGACGGUGUUCGACUUCAGCUACAACCAGCUGGUGGGGCCGCUGCCGGAUGGGGUCGGGGGGAUGGUGAGCUUGGAGCAGCUGAAUGUGGCUCACAACUUGCUGUCGGGGAAAAUUCCAGGCAGCAUCUGCUUGUUACCCCGGCUGGAGAACUUCACUUUCUCGUACAAUUUCUUCACCGGAGAACCACCGUCGUGCCUGAGGCUGCCGGACUUUGACGACCGGAGAAACUGCCUGCCGGAUAGGCCGUUGCAGAGGCCGCCGGCGCAAUGUAAGUCAUUCUUGUCUAAGCCUGUGGAUUGUAGUGCCUUCCGGUGUGCUCCUUUUGUGCCUUCUCUACCCCCGCCGCCUCCGCCUUCACCUCCGGUGUUUCUCCCAUCGCCCCCGCCCCCACCACCCCCUGUGUAUUCACCUCCACCGCCGCCGCCAGUUUACUCCCCUCCGCCACCACCCCCACCGGUUUACUCACCUCCGCCUCCGCCGCCGUCGCCACCACCCCCAGUUUACUCACCUCCCCCACCUCCACCGCCCCCGCCACCGGUUUAUUCACCUCCACCACCGCCUCCACCUGUUUACUCUCCCCCGCCUCCCCCCCCACCAUCUCCCCCGCCGCCUUCUCCACCACCACCAUCACCUCCGCCACCUGUCUACUCGCCUCCACCUCCUGUAUACUCACCUCCUCCGCCUCCUUCACCAUCCCCUCCGCCAAUUUACUGUCCCAAGCCACCACCUCCGCCACCGCCAAGCUCGCCUCCACCGCCACCUCCAGUAUACUCACCCCCGCCACCACCAACACCCACUCCUUACUACUAUAAUUCGCCUCCACCACCGCCUCCUCCGCAGCAUUCACCGCCCCCUCCGCCUCACUCACCCCCACCACCCCCACAUUCUUCUCCCCCUCCAAUCUAUCCUUAUCCUUCCCCACCUCCCCCAUCACCAUCACCACCACCACCUGUGCAUUCUCCUCCACCUCCAUCGCCACCACCUUGUAUAGAGCCUCCACCACCACCUCCGCCUCCAUGUGUUGAAUAUUCACCCCCUCCCCCACCUCCGACCCAUUACUUGCCACCACCAUCUCCUUCACCACCACCUCCACCAGUCUAUAAAUCACCUCCACCACCACCACCCACAGUAUAUCCGUCCCCACCUCCACCCACGCCAGUUCAUCACCAAUCACCCCCACCCCCAGUUCAUUACAGUUCACCCCCACCGCCAGUUCAUUACAGCGCACCCCCUCCACCGCCAUCCCAAUCACCUCCGCCACCAAUCCCGUGCGAGACCCCGCCCCCAUCUCCCUUGCCGCCACCUCCAGCACCAGUAUACAAAGGGCCACUGCCGCCUAUUGUCGGAGUUUCAUACGCCUCCCCGCCUCCACCUCCCUUCUAUUGAUUCUUUUGAGAAUUUUCCUCCUCUAACCUUUCCCCUCACUUAAGAAUUAAAAUCCCAGUCAGUCCAGUGUGUUUCACUAUUUAUUUCGUGCUCUCGACGUCUCUUUCCUCUUUCCUCUUGUCAUCGGCGCUUCAUUCCAAUUCGAAACCCUUCCUCUCUCUCUAUAUUCGGGCAAUUCUCGUCGCUCGCCGGAGAUGGAAAAUGAGAUCGAGA